AUCUUGUAGUGCGACAUAUCUAUUAUCUGCAAACCUAGAACGUUCCAUUGCUGUGUUUUGUUGAUCAAAAUGUCUCGGGUACCGUUCACUCACCCGAUGUUUGAAGGCUUUGAUUUUCCAGCAUCACAGGUGUUUGACGAAGAAGUGAGUCGAAUGCGGGAAAGGAUGCGGGCUAACAUGGAGAGAUCGGUAACCGAAUCGCCGAGUUUAUUUCGUGGAUACUUUGUGAGUCCAGUACAGCAACAGUCUCCCACCGCUCUACAGCGUCGUAUCAGCACACAAGAAGACGAUCAAGACAAAUUUCGUGUCGUGCUUGAUGUACAGCAUUUUAAGCCCGAAGAAUUAGAAGUAAAACUGGUGGAAAACAAACUGAUGGUUCACGCGAAACAUGAAGACAAAGAAGACGAGCACGGAUCAAUUUCACGUGAAUUUACCCGAUACUACGUCUUACCCGACGACACUAACCUCGAUGAAAUCAAGUCUUAUUUUUCUAAGGAUGGGAUACUGACGUUAGAAGCACCCAAAUUGAAAUCGGUUGAAGGGCAGCCAGAAGAUCCAAUCCCGAUCCCCAUUAAGCGUGAAGAUCCGAAACCAGUGGAAGGGGCUGCUGCAAAAGAGUGAUCUGCUCAUUCGGAACGGUGUGGUUAACCUUGAAUAGUCAUGUAUAUGACGUACCAAGAAUGUCAUUCCCAUAUUGUACAUUUCAUUGUGGGAGAUAUGACCAUAUCGAUGUGUUCGUGACUGUCAAGGCAAUUGAAUUUCUCACACUAACUAUACGUUCAGUAUUUUUGUAAUGUGGGAAUAGUUUAAGGUAUCACACAUACAACUUAGUUACAUUGGAAUGGCAUUUUAACUUAGAAAGUAGUCUGAUGGUGAAAAUAUUUAUUAAUUGUUUUAAGAAUAACGCCUUCAAAUUGCCUAACGUUUUUAGUAAAUUUUGAUGUAGUCGUAGGACGGACAGUCACAUCUAAUUAUAUUCCGAUAUAAAUAGCUCCUGUAGAGCGGGUACAUGGUGUGGUCAGUUUCGUUGUACUGCAUUUUUAACAUUUUACAGACAAUGACGUUAUCAACACGCAUAAUACCAGUGUAUUGUUCAGGAUCUGGUUGUAAUGUUUCCGCCUUGAUUGUACUGGUGUUUCCACCAUUGCCGUUAUAAUAUACCACCGAUGUGUGCAAGUACUCAUGUAUUUCGGACGAUUGUAGACGGUAAACGCAUUUGUAUAAUUGUAAUAGACCGUGCUCGCAAGGAAGAACAUUGCAUUCAGAAAGUUCUUUAGUUUAUUCACAAUAGAUGCAUUCGUUUUUUUGUUUAAUGUUUUAUUCAUUUAAAGUUUAUAGUGAAAACAACUUGAACCGUGUCUGAAGGGAACCGCCCACUGCUCCAUUCAACAGUACGAUGCCUGCAUAGACGAUCCCCAACUGACAACUUGAAAUAAGAUCUUUUCACGCCCUGUGAUGGGAAUAUAAUAACAACAUAGAACAACGACGGAGUUUUAAGUCCGGUGAUAAUGAUGCCUUUUGGGGUUAGACUGUACUGCUAGUAAAAGUGUGUGACAUUACUAGGGACUAAAUAAACACAAUGUAAUUAGGUAUAGAAAUACUAACAUAUAUUUUCAGUCAAUAAAUUUUAUUUAAGAAGCAAA